AUGGCAUCGGGGUCAACGAAGCAGCCGUUCCAAGUCGCAGUAGAUGGACCCGCCGCAUCAGGCAAAAGCUCGACAGCACAGGCGGUAGCAUCACGUCUGAACUUGACGUACAUCGAUACCGGGGCGUUGUAUCGAGCCCUCACACUCAAAGCGCGGGCAUGGAACCUCGACCCAGAACGCGAUGCGCUCGCUAUCGCAAAACUGGCAAAACAAACCAAGUUUGCUUUCCGUACUGCUGAGGAAACGAUGACGGUGGCCGGGGUAGAGAUUCCAAAGACGAUAGUCUACCUCGAUGGAAAAGACGUAUCAAAACAGAUCCGAUUACCGUCGCUUACUAAAACUGUGGCCCCAUUUGCGAAUAUACCCGAGGUUCGAGACGUGUUGAAGGGGAAAGCACUGGCAUUGGCAGCCGGGGAAGAUGGAGGGCUUCCGGAGGACGGGAAGCAGAUAGAGUCGGAACCACAGACUCUCGGUGUGAUAAUGGACGGGCGGGACAUUGCCACAAACGUCCUCUCCAAUGCCCAGGUCAAGAUAUUCCUUGAGGGCGACCCUACCGUUAGAGCCAAAAGACGGCUGGAAGACUUACGGCAAGCGCAUAAAGAUGUGCCGAGCUUGGAUGAUGUCGUGGCAGACAUCAGGAACCGUGACCUAGCCGACACAAAGCGGGCGGUGGACCCUUUGGUAAAAGCUGAAGACGCUGUGGUCUUGGACACGUCUGAGUUGACGCUGCAAGAGCAGAUUGAUGCUGUCGCCGACAUCGCUAGGAAGAGUAUGCUCGCCCAUGGCAUACCCGCGGACAAGAUUUCGUCAAUAUAG